GCAGACGAUAGCACGAUGUGUCUGGUGUUGCUACAGCCCCGCCCACUUCGUGGCAGGCUUCUUUCGACUCCGAAUAUGAGGCUCCUCCCGGCAUUUGCCGUUCUGGUUCUGGCCGUGAUCGUGUGCUCCACUCUUUCGGACGCAGAAAGAGUGGUGAAGAAAUCCCAAUUUCAUCGCUACAUGCGUUUUGCGCGUCAGCUGGCCCUGAGAUACCGGUAUUCCGGAAAUCACGCUAAACGCGUGACCAAGAUCAUCGGCGUUACGCGGGAAGGUAACAGUGCCACCAUUAAUUUCGAAGCCGUGAACACCGUGUGCAAACCAGGAAGGCGCUAUCCAACGAAGUCACGGUGCCCCGAGAUAAGUGACGGACUGACGGAUAACUGCAUCGGCAGUGUGGAGUUCAUCGGAGGUUCAUUUCGAAGAGUCAAGUACGGGGAAACCAUGUGCAUAGCCAUCGGGAUCGAUAUACGUCCACUCUAGGGGCCUCGGAAUUCGACGUAUUGGUGAGGCGCACCAUGUGCUGAAAGCCCCAUACAAAGAGUAAAAUCACAGUUAUCACCACCAUGUAUGGCCAACGGUCAGCACUG